AAGUUACUAAUUCGAAUACGUUAAGCUUCUAAAGCUCACAAAGGAGGCGCCAGGGAAGACCGAGUUCGACAACGACUAAGAUGCCAUCAUAUUACGUGCCAACGGUGUUGAGCCAAAAGUAUUGGUGAAUCGCGAUCUGGAAGCAAACACCCAUGGGAUAUUAGCAGAACGCGACCUUGCAUCGCCUUUGUAUGGACGAUUCAGGAACGGUCUCUUGUAUGCUUAUGUCCCUGGCCGAGCAUGCCAGCUUCAAGACCUAGCCCAGGAAGAAAUCUGGAGUUGUGUUGCGGCCAAAUUGGGUGAAUAUCACGGGAAGAUGCCUCAGACAGACGAAAAUGUCGGCUUCAGCAGGUGCGUUGGUUCUAUGUUCGAAAGCUGUAGUGCAAGACUCACAAGGUGAUAGCACAAACAUCAACGAUCCAAUGCCAAAUAUUUGGUCCUCGAUGCAACGAUGGAUAGAUCAUCUCCCAUCCCGAACAAGCGAGGAAGCCAGACGACGUCAAGAACUUCAGAAUGAGCUAUCGUGGUGCUACUCAAAGUUGAACGAGAACAGAAGCACGACUAAUAUGCGUUCAUUUCAGCACAUAUUUGGGCACUGCGACCUUUUGUGCGGAAAUAUUCUCAUCCUCUCAAACGACAAGCCAAGAAUAGACAGACCCGAUGCCCCAGAAGAACGAAAUCGAAUAUCUCCGACUGAAGUUCGCUUCAUAGAUUUCGAGUUUGCAAUGCAUUGCCCUGCUGCCUUCGAUAUUGCAAAUCACUUCUCCGAAUGGGGUGGCUUUGACUGCGAUUAUAAUAUGCUACCCGGCAGGGUCAUACGUCAGAAAUUCAUAGACAAAUACUUAGCGAGUUACAUACAGCACGCAAACAUUACAUUGCCCGAUUUCGCAUCGGCAGCAAGCAAGCUAGCUUACGAAGUGAAUAUGUUCAGAGGCAUCCCUGGUCUCUGGUGGGGCAUACGUGGCUUUGUGUCGGUCCUGGAGUCCAAGAUUGACUUUGAUUGGAUUCCGUAUGCGAACAAAAGAUUAGCUGAAUAUUGGGGAUGGAAGGCGGAAGCAGAGGGACUGCGCGACAGAAACGGAGAAGAAAUGACCUUAAGAGAGAAGAUGUGGGAUCGAGACUAG